GCUAAGCAGGCUGGGGAACCAGGCAGAGCUGAGAAUGGAAGCUUUCCUCUCGGCUAUAUCCCUCAGAGCUACCUCCACGGCCACCAGCUAGAGCCUCGGGCCAGCGAGCCUGCGGAACGGUCGUCCGGCGCCCUCCACUUUGACAGCUAGUUUCCGCGUCCUUCCAGACCUAGGACCGCUUCCAACAUGGCCACCUCAGCCAGUUCUCACUUGAACAAAAAUAUCAAGCAGAUGUACAUGAACCUGCCUCAAGGGAACAAAGUCCUGGCCAUGUACAUUUGGAUCGAUGGCACUGGUGAGGGACUGCGCUGUAAAACUCGGACCCUGGACAGCGAACCGAAGAGCAUAGAUGAGCUACCUGAAUGGAAUUUUGAUGGCUCUAGCACUUAUCAGUCUGAAGGCUCUAACAGUGACAUGUACCUUGUUCCUGCUGCUAUGUUCCGAGACCCCUUCCGAAAGGACCCCAACAAACUGGUUUUCUGUGAAGUUUUCAAGUAUAACCGCAAGCCUGCAGAAACCAAUUUGAGGCAUACCUGUAAACGGAUAAUGGAUAUGGUGACCAACCAGAAACCUUGGUUUGGUAUGGAACAAGAGUAUACUCUCAUGGGAACAGAUGGACACCCUUUUGGUUGGCCUUCCAAUGGGUUCCCAGGGCCCCAGGGUCCAUAUUACUGCGGUGUGGGAGCUGAUAAAGCUUAUGGGAGAGAUAUAGCAGAAGCUCAUUACCGUGCUUGUCUAUAUGCUGGAGUCAAAAUUGGGGGAACGAAUGCUGAAGCAAUGCCAUCUCAGUGGGAGUUCCAGAUAGGACCGUGUGAAGGGAUUGAAAUGGGAGAUCACCUCUGGGUUUCCCGCUUCAUCCUCCAUCGAGUGUGUGAAGAUUUUGGAAUGAUUGUAACAUUUGAUCCCAAGCCAAUCCCUGGAAACUGGAAUGGAGCUGGUUGCCAUACUAACUUCAGUACCAAGGCCAUGAGAGAAGAGAAUGGUCUAAAGUUUAUUGAAGAAGCCAUCGAGAGGCUGAGUAAGAGACACAAGUAUCACAUCCGAGCUUAUGACCCCAAGGGGGGUCUGGACAAUGUCCGUCGCCUGACGGGUUUCAACGAGACAUCUAACAUCAACGAGUUCUCCGCCGGCGUGGCCAACCGAGGAGCCAGCAUUCGGAUUCCCAGGAUGGUGGGGCAGGACAAGAAAGGCUACUUUGAAGAUCGCCGCCCCUCUGCCAACUGUGACCCUUACGCAGUGACAGAGGCGCUUAUCCGUACCUGUCUUCUCAAUGAGACGGGAGAAGAACCCUUUCAGUAUAAAAACUAAGCGGACUAGACCUGCAGAUACCUUCUGUAUCCCCCACCCCGUAACCCUUUUCUCACGCCCUCUUCCAACCUCACCUCUCCCCUCUUCCAAUUUUCCCUACUAGAUGUAACUCAGGGCACAAAAUACCAUGUUUUUUUUUUGUGCCCACAGAUAACUCCUUGCUUUUUUUUUUCUUUGUGGGGGAAGGGGAGUAGGGUUGGGGGAUGUUUUUAAUCUUUUGUUUUUUCCCAUCAUUGACUUUUUGAAGACUGAGAAAUAGUAUGUUAGUGGGGAAAAAGGGGGUUGGGGAACAUAACCACUGCUUCCAUCUAAUCAAGUUUGUACAUCAACAUAGACUUGUGGCUUCCAAGGAAAAAAAAAUAAAAGAAUAAGUAUUCGAGAAGGGGAGGGUUGGGGGAGAGUGGAAGGUGGGUAGAAGGAGGAAUUUAUUGAGUUUUUUGGAAGGGAGAGAGAAGAGUAUUAAAUUCAUGAGACUCCAAUCUACUUUUCUUAAAAGAUAAGAAUUAGUAAGGGGUGGUGGUCUCAGCUUACAGGAAAACAAACCUCUAUGGGCCUCAUAUUUUCCCUGGCCUAGUGGGGAAACCUUGGCCAGAGGCUAGGCCGUAGGCUUUGUGAACCGAUGGGGACUGCUCAGCUUUAGAAAAGAGAAAAAGAAUCUUACCCACUCAUCCUCCCUUCACCCAAAGCAGAGUAGUAUUUUUAUAUUUAAAUUUUAAAACAAAAAAACUUUAUGGUCUAUAUGUACAUGGGUCGGGGGUGGAGAGGCAGUGCAGGGGGAAAAGUGUGGUCAGCAGCAGGGAAGGAACUCCUGCUAAGAAGAAAAGACUGUGCUAGAAGGGAAUUGGUAUAAAAAAGCCAGUUUUGGUCGCUGGCCAUCUUUUGAGCUUACCCUCUUGCCCUGUCCAUGUUGAGGUGGUCACAGCUAAAGGCAGCAGGAAGCACCUGGUGGCUGGGAUUUUAACAAGCACACGUUGAAAGAAGCCCACAUAUAUGGGAAGGGAAUGGGGGGGGGGGAUUUGGGGGGGUGGUAAAAAGUAUGAGUUGGCUGGUCAACUUAACCAUGUUACUGACAAGGCGGGAAGGGUUGUGGGUGUUUAUUUUCUGGUGGGACUAGCAUGUCACUAAAGCAGGCCUUUUGAUAUAUUAAAAAACCUUUAUAAAGGCAAAACAAUUUUAGAUUCUAAUGUUUAUAGGGUUUCUAAGUUGUACAGUUUUUCAGAGUUGCAUGCAUGUAUGCCCUAGUAUGCUCAAACCGUCUCCUUGCCUUUUAGUGAUGAGGUUGGGCUUGACAGAGCUGGGUUCAGACAUUUGUGAUUUUGUAUCCUGGUAUCUUUUCUGAGUGCCGGAUCUUCCUUUGCCUUUUUGUCAAAAAGAUUUCUGAUUAGUUUUUUCCUUUUAUAAUAAAAACAAAACAGAACAAAAAUACCCUUAGUUUCCAGCUCUCUCCCUUGCUGGUCUCUCUGGUUUAUUAUGCCGUUACUGGCUUGGUUAGUUGGACACCAAUGGACAGGGUUGUCUGGAUUUCCUGGCUUUGACCUCGAGCUAGGUUUUUUUUUCCCCAUUGCCCUUGCCACGAGGAAUUCUUGGUCAUGUAUAACAUGUUCAGAACUUAAUAUUGCUGUAUUUUAAACAAGCUACUUAUUGCUAGGAUAGCUCCUAUAAAUCAACCCAGAGUUUAUAGAUUCCUUUCCAUUGACAUUUUCACCAAGUUUUGUAUAUCCCUAUGUAUGAUGCUAACCUCUGUCUGCCGUUUACAAAAAAAGAAAAGAAAAAAGGCCCACCUUUCUCCUGCCCUUCAAAUUACAAAUUCCAUGCACCUCACUGCUGCUUGGGAGCUGAUGGUUUUUGAGAACUAGACAAUUAAACGAUUAUCUGAACAUACUGCUUAGGGAUACUGUUAUCAUUUCAGAGAAGAAAAAGGUCUUAUUACCUCUUUUGGAGAAGUCUUAUCAUUAAAUAGUAAAUUACUUGAAAUGUUCUUACUUCUGUAAUAGAUACUUGUGUACUUUAACCUCAUACCCUAAUAGCCGGGAGAGUUUAUGAACUAGAGAAUUAAACAAUUAUCUGAACAUA